UGUGAAUGGUCCGGCAGUCUUCUAGGACCUGUCACGUACCAGCUCCCCCCUCUUCCUCUCCCCAAAUGUCCACAGUCUCCCGGUCAUCUCCUAUACUACAAUGUCCGCAGUCUCCGGUCAUCUCCUGUACUACUACUAUGUCCGCAGUCUCCGGUCAUCUCCUGUACUACUAUGUCCGCAGUCUCUGGUCAUCUCCUGUACUACUAUGUCCGCAGUCUCCGAUCAUCUCCUGUACUACUAUGUCCGCAGUCUCUGGUCAUCUCCUGUACUACUAUGUCCGCAGUCUCCGAUCAUCUCCUGUACUACUAUGUCCGCAGUCUACGGUCAUCUCCUGUACUACUAUGUCCGCAGUCUCCGGUCAUCUCCUGUACUACUAUGUCCGCAGU